UAAUUAUAUACAUGUACACAGAGUAAUUAAACGAACUGUUUACAAUUCAUAAAACGGCCGCAGACUUAAUGACGCGUUGAAUAACAAUACAAUGAAGGAAGAAGGCGCAUAUUUUUUUAAUUUAGGAAACCGGCUUGGUAAAAGCAGCCUUCCGUCAUCAACAGACAGGAAAGCAUCAUAGAUGUGUAUAAUGUAGCCGACGCGGACGCACGCCGCACGAUCGCUGGCCCAUGCGCGCGCGCCGCAGUCGCACCGCGCAUUUCAAACGAUACACCCGCGAACUGCAAAUAAAAAUCUUAAUGUAUUUACUAAAAACCCAGGUCGAUGACACAAGUUCGGAAGGACUCGAUAUGUUACGGUUUUAAUCGAUUCUCGAAUUGAUGAUCGAUUUGCUGAGUGUGUUUUCCAGAUGCAAGUUUAAACAAAGUUUUUGAACAAUAUAAAAGAAAAGACAAUCAAAAUGAAUACAAAAGUGUUAAUAGUUCUGGUAGCGGUGACGCUGAUGCCUUCAGCCCUUGCCAGGACGAGGAGGUAUUCCAAGAUACAAACCAACACCCUGCAUAAGAUCAGGUGUGAUCUGAUGUGUCUUGACAGGAGUAAGGAUGCUAAAGCUCUCUGCAAAUCACAAUGCCGUUCCAACGAGCAAAAGCCAGGGACUUGUCCGUUAUCGGACAACCCGAAGUGGGAAGCCGCGUGUGUGGAGGCCUGCAACUCCGACUCCCAGUGUGAUGGCACUCAGAGAUGCUGCCACCAUUCCUGUGGGUCCACCUGCAGUGAACCUGUGGACCUGUUGACAAUAGCUGGUCUCCCAGCAAUGCCAACGAUUGAAGAACCGAAGGAGAAAAAGAGAGCCAUUGUUAUCCGAUGGUCUGAUGGAGUUGGAGACGCAGCCAGGGCGGUACCUGGACCUGUGUUCUAUGUGUUAGAGGAACAACAUCAUCUAGGUCCGAAGUAUGAAGAAAUGAGAUUAGGAGAAUGGAAUUUACUAUUGAGGACAAACAAGACUAAGGUAUCUCUUCGUAAUGCCCUGAAACCUGGUCGCUGGUACCGGUUUAGAGUUGCCGCCGUCAGUUCCUCUGGCACACGAGGAUUCUCCGCGCCCAGUCCACCCUUCACUCCCAGGAGAGGACCUCGUCCACCACCGUCACCGAAGAAGCUUAGAGUUCGGCCUUUAGGACAGAAUAGUAAUGGAACUGUUACUGUCAAACUGGAAUGGAAAGAACCUCGUUCUGAUUUACCUGUGAUGCGGUACAAAGUGUUUUGGAGCCGUCGUGUCAAGGGAUUGGGAGGAGAACUUGAUUCUGUACUUGUCAACCAUCAAACUGUGCCUAAGGAUCAAAACUACAUCGAAAUAAAAGACCUGCAGCCGAACUCAAUGUAUUUUUUACAAGUACAAACGAUUAGUCAAUUUGGUCUUGGAAAACUACGAAGUGAUAAAGCAUCAAUAUUCUACAACACGACGAAUACGACACGGAAUGAUCCCGCUCCAGAGCCGCUUCAAAGACGCGACACUAAAAAGAUAAAGGGGUUGAGCCUGCAGAAAAUCGUGUGGUAUAAUAACAAAUUGAAAGCAAGGAUCUCAUGGCAACCACUACCCAAUGUGUAUGAACAACCGGGAAGGUACUACGUGCACUGGAAGGCGAGCAAAUGCAACAACCCUAAAAAACAACGGAAAGAAGGUCUUACUGCUACUACUAUGCAAACUUCUUUCGAACUCUACGAGCUGGAGUACCAAUGCAGCUAUAAAGUGAAUGUUAAUUCUUCGCCACGAGGGAAAAGACCCGAUUCUGAGCUGUCUUUGAAUGUUCCCAGUUGUGAAUACUUCAAACGAAAAGUCACAAAUAAUACGAUGACAUGUGAAACUUGAUCAUAAUAAAAACACAAGAAAACUAAAUUAAUUUUGACUGAAAACAAAGUAAUAAGUUUUUUUAACUGUGGAAAACAUUAAAUUUAACUAUUUUAGGAUAAAAGUGUUUGUAAACCUAUAAACUAUCUGUGUAAUGAUAAUUGUUGAUUAGAUAUAGAAUACACUUAGAAAUUGUAAAAAGUGUACUUACAAUUUUUUUAACUAGAUUAUAUUAAAAUUACUAAUUGAAAAUUAUUAUUAAGCGAAAAAAAAUUAAUCAAUGUGAAUCGAACACACACCUCCUUUUAAAGAAUAUUUAUUAAAUAAAUUAUGUUAAGUGAAAA